AUGUUAGAAAUUAAACAUGGACAAUGUGACAAGUCGGGCUGCAGCACCUACAAGGAAACCAGUUAUAUUGAGGAACACUUGACUCCGGGACUAUACUCGAUGGAGUUUAGAAGGAUGAGGGGGGAUCUGAUCAGUGUUCUGAGUUUCAACCUGGACAGAGGAUGUUGGCAAGAUAUUUCCAUUGACCGAGCACCCAGGGCAGAGCUUCAGAUCAAAACAAUCUGUGGAGUAAUGGAGGUCAAAUGCAAUGAUGGACAAUGUAUACCUGCGAGGUGGCAAUGUGAUGGUGUAGCUGACUGUGAUGAUGGAUCAGAUGAAAGUGAAGGAGUUUGCUAUCUGACAGCAUGCCCCAUUGGAGAAAUUAAAUGUGGUUUGGAGUCUUUUCGAUGUAUUCCAGUUUCCUGGAAGUGCAAUGGUAUACUAGAUUGUGAUGAUGGUGCUGAUGAGGAAAACUGUGGCCAGAUUACCUGCAGUCCAACAGAGUUCACUUGCUCCAAUGGCAGAUGCAUUUCCAAGAAGUUUAGCUGUAAUGGUGAUAAUGACUGUGGCGAUGGAAGUGAUGAAAGAGGCUGUCUACCAACUUCCUGUGGCCCACAUGAGUUUCAAUGCAGUCAUUCUUCAGAAUGUAUAUCCUUGAGUUGGCUGUGUGACCACAAUGUUGACUGUGCUGAUCAGUCUGAUGAAUCCCCAGACAGAUGUGGGGGCAUAACAGCUCCACUUGUCACUUGCGCUCCUAAUGACCACCGGUGUGGUUCGGGUGAAUGUAUUCACCAGAAAUGGUUUUGUGAUGGAGACGUUGACUGCAAAGACGGAAGUGAUGAAGUAAAUUGUCCACCUCCAACAUGUGGACCUGAUCACUUCAGAUGCAGUGAUGGUAGCUGUAUCCCAGGACACAGACAGUGUAAUGGAAUUGGUGAUUGCCCAGAUAGAAGUGACGAAAACAGCUGCAAGAAAGUUGCUGAGUGCACAGGACCCAUGGAUUUCAAGUGUCAAAGUGGUGAAUGUAUUAAUGUAUCACAAGUCUGUAAUCAGCAGCAGGAUUGCAAGGAUUGGAGUGAUGAACUCAUUGGAAAAUGCAAUGUGAAUGAAUGCUUGCUCAAUAAUGGAGGUUGUUCUCAUCUCUGUCAUGAUCUUGUCAUUGGAUAUGAAUGUGACUGUCCUGUUGGCUUUCGAUUGGUUGAUCGAACCUGUGAAGACGUUGAUGAAUGUCAAAAUUCUGGAACGUGCAGCCAGAUUUGUGUGAACUUGGAAGGAAGUUACAAGUGUGAAUGCCAUCCUGGAUAUCACAUGGACCUGACUAAUUCCAUUUGCAAGGCAAUAGGAGAGGAACCUUAUUUGAUCUUCACAAAUCAGCACGACAUCCGGAAACUAGGACUGCAUCGUUAUGAGUACACCCAGGUUGCCAUGCAGUUGAGAAAUGCUGUAGCACUGGAUGUUGAUAUUGCUGAAGACAGAAUUUUCUGGACUGAAUCAAGCCAGCACGCAAUUCUUAGUAUGUCCAUGAAUGAAGGGGAACAAUCGUCUGUGAUUACCAAAAUUGAAGAUGUGGAUGUUCCAGCAGGAAUUGCAGUGGAUUGGAUCUACAAGCAUAUCUAUUGGACUGAUUGGGGUUCAAAGUCCAUAUCUGUGGCCACAUUCGAUGGAACUAAAAGGAAGACACUCUUUGACACUGAAUUAAGGGAACCAACUUCUGUUGCAGUUGAUCCAAUUACUGGGUUUAUGUACUGGUCAGACUGUGGUGAACCAGCAGUGAUUGAAAAAGCAGGAAUGAAUGGUGCUGACCGGCAGCAUCUUGUGACCAAAGAGAUUCAGUGGCCAAAUGGCAUUGCACUUGAUCUUGUGAAAAGCUGCUUGUAUUGGGUUGAUUCAAAGUUGCACACAAUAUCAAGUGUAGGUCUGAAUGGCCAGGAUAGAAGAACAGUGUUGUGGUCAUUGGAAUUCCUCAUUCAUCCUUUUGCUGUCUCUGUAUUUGAGGACAAUGUCUUCUGGACUGAUGCAGCAAGCAAAACCAUUUAUGGAGCCAAUAAGUUCACAGGAGAAGAGGUGAAGGUGUUGGCUUCCAACCUUCAUAAGCCACGUGACCUCACUGUUUAUAAUAAACUGUUGCAGCCAUCUGGUAAAAAUUGGUGUAAUAAAAGCUUAAAGAAUGGCGGCUGUGACUUCAUGUGUCUCCCUGCACCUUGGUUCAACAGUCAGUCACCAAAAUAUACCUGUGUGUGUCCAUCUGGGAAGGAACUGGAGCUGAAUGGAAAACACUGUAGAAUAGCAAAUGUACAUCUAUCUACAGCAACACUGUCUACUUUAUCCUCCAGUACCAUUAAAUACCCAUCAACUGAACAGCAUACUGAGACUUCUAGAGGGAGAGAUUCAAGCAUUACACUUGAUAAAGUCAACAAACCAGAGAAUGGCUCUGUGGCUGGUUGGAUUGCACUUGCCAUUUUACUCUUGACCAUGGCUGUUGUUGCUGGUUACCUGAAAUGGCAAGACCUGAAGAGGAAGACUCAGCAGAGCAUGUAUUUUGAGAACCCAGCCUUUGAGGGUGAUUAA